CCCCAUUUCACCUAGCUAAGCCUUUUGAAUCUCUCUUUUCUCCCAUCCCCAAUGUACAUAUCCUGAAGUUGAUCAUUUGGGUUCAUCCACAACAAUGAGAGGAGUAAUAGGUAGUUCCCCGUUGGCCGCCACCCUCGAGCCCAGACACCGAUUGCCUGCAUCAAUGAAGCUUCUUCAGAAGAGAAACAAAAUCAAAGGUGUCAUUGAGAAGUCUAUAUUCAAUGAUCACAAGGGUGGUGGCUGCUGCAUUAGAUUUGGUUCCUUUGUCAAGUUUUGUGUAGUGGUCAUCAUCUUCUGCACAAUUUUCACUUUUGUCUCAUUUCCUGAGGUUGAUCCUCUCUCUUCAAGGCCAGGUGGAAGGCCAAAUUUUGUGAACAGGUGGAUAUGGGGUGGAGAAGACCCAAGAUACACAACAAACCUUGAACCCAUCAACUGGAACCACAUAACAAAAAUCCUCCACCAAACCCUAGGUGAGCUCAAAGAACACCAAGGCAUAGGCUUCCUCAACUUCAACACCAACAAGACUGAAAUCCAACACUGGAAGGACCAAAUCUCCCCUAAGGCCAACCACAUUGUCCUCAGACUUCAAAAUGCAGACCCAAACACGACCUGGGACGCCCUCUACCCCGAAUGGAUCGACGAGGAGCAAGAAACCGAGGUCCCGAUCUGUCCCAUCCUGCCGAAAAUCGAGCCACCCAGAAGGCGGCUCGACCUCAUAGUGGUCAAGCUCCCUUGCAGGAAUGAGGCCAAUUGGUCCAGAGACGUUGCCAGGCUGCACUUGCAGCUGGCAUCAGCUAAUCUUGCUGCUGUUUCUGCUAAAGGGAAUUACCCUGUGCAUUUGCUGUUUGUUACCAAGUGCUUUCCUCUGCCAAAUCUGUUCACUUGCAAGGAGCUUGUGGCUAGGGAAGGCAAUGCUUGGCUGUAUAAGCCUGAUCUGGGUGUGUUGGGGCAGAAGGUGAAUUUGCCUGUUGGGUCUUGUGAGCUUGCACUUCCUCUUGGGGACAGAGUAUUGAAGAAUUCUGUUCAUUUGGGCAGGACAAGGCGGGUACGCCGGCAACCCGAGGCGGGAAGCCUACGCGACGAUCCUCCACUCCGCCCACGUCUACGUCUGCGGCGCCAUCGCCGCCGCGCAGAGCAUCCGCCUCUCCGGGUCGACCCGAGACCUUGUCAUCCUCGUCGACGAGACCAUCACCCCGUACCACCGGAGCGGGCUGGAAGCCGCCGGGUGGAAAGUCCGGACGGUACAGAGGAUCCGAAACCCGAAAGCCGAAAAGGACGCCUACAACGAAUGGAACUACAGCAAGUUCCGGCUGUGGCAGCUCACCGACUACGACAAGAUCAUCUUCAUCGACGCCGACCUCCUCAUCCUCCGCAACAUCGACUUCCUCUUCUCCAUGCCGGAGAUCACCGCCACCGGCAACAACGGCACCCUCUUCAAUUCGGGAGUCAUGGUCAUCGAGCCGUCCAAUUGCACGUUCCAACUGCUGAUGGAGCACAUCAACGAGAUCCAAUCCUACAACGGCGGCGACCAAGGCUACCUGAACGAGAUCUUCACCUGGUGGCACCGAAUCCCUCGCCGGCUCAACUUCCUGAAGCACUUCUGGAUCGGCGACGACGAAGAGGUGAAAAGGAAGAAGAACGACCUCUUCGGGUCGGAUCCGCCGGAGCUCUACGUGCUCCACUACCUCGGGAUGAAGCCGUGGCUGUGCUUCAGGGAUUACGACUGCAAUUGGAACUCGGAGAUCUUCCGUGAGUUCGCCAGCGACGUCGCUCACUCGCGGUGGUGGAAGGUCCACGACGCGAUGUCGGUGGAGCUGCAAGGGUUUUGUUUGCUGGAGUCGAGGCAGAAGGCCCAGCUGGAGUGGGAUCGGCGGGAGGCGGAGAAGGAGGGAUUCGUCGACGGGCAUUGGAAGAUCCCGAUUAGGGAUUCGAGGUUGAGGAAAUGUGUGGAUAAUGUUUGUAAUUGGAAGAGCAUGUUGAAGCAUUGGGGGGAGACGAAUUGGACCGACGUCGAUGUGGUUUUGAAUCCGACGCCGCCGACGAUCAGAGCUAUUUCCUCUUCUUCUCCUUCUCUUAAUGGAUUGUGAAAUACUGAAAUGCAAUUCUGAAAAAUCGCUUCCGCCAAGUUUCAAAGUAGAUACCCUGCCGGCGAGAGAACGGCGAGUUUUCUGUAUGUUUCCAAUUUUAUCUGACGUCCUCGAAUUUUUGGAACUUCUCCUCUUGGUCCCUUUUUCUUGUAAUACUUGUAUUUAGUGAAAAUAAUAAUAUUUUAUAAGAUCUAAGAGAUUUGUUUAUUCAUCUACAUAAUUCGUUCAAGC